AUGGAAGCCGAAGAGGAUGGUGUGGAGGUUCAGGAAAAGCUUUCUGGCUUUAUUUUCAUGUGUAACAGAAUUACAAAACCAGAGUGCUACCUAUACCGAGUUUUUGGGCUUCCUGCUGGGAGAAAGGAUGAUGUACAGAAGAUCAAUCCUGGUAUAUACCUAUUUCUGUUUGACACUGAUGUGAAGCUUCUCUAUGGUAUAUAUAUGGCAACCUCAACUGGGAAACUAGAGAUAGAGCCAUUCGCUUUUGGGCACAAAUACCCUGCUCAGGUACUUUUCUUACUCCCACACACAAAAACUGACCACUUUGUGAAAAUAGCAUCCUCUGUUAUGAUUGGUAGCUUGUGGAAAUAUUGA